UGAAAAAUGCUUGGUUUCGAAAGUUGAACAACGUUGCUGCUAUUCGAAGUGAUUCAUUUAGCGUCUUUUCCACUUAAAAAACGUUGAAACGAUUAACGUGAUCGUACAGUGUGUUGAUUGUGUAAUAUCCACAGGUACGCGCAGUUCGCAAAGCGGGAUCGUCCUCAGAAGCAGGAAAAAUGUCUCGCGGUUCCAACCCCGGCUUCGACAGACACAUCACCAUCUUUUCGCCCGAUGGUCGCCUCUACCAAGUCGAAUAUGCAUUCAAAGCCAUCACCCAGAGUGGUUUAACUACGGUUGGAGUCCGGGGUGAAGACUGUGCUGUGGUGGUCACACAGAAAAAAGUACCGGACAAGCUGCUGGACGCGUCCACCAUGACCAACAUGUUCAAGCUGACCGCGCGCAUCGGCUGUGUGAUGACGGGCCACGGCGCGGACAGCCGUUCCCAGGUGCACCGCGCCCGCGUGGAGGCAGGGGAGUGGAAGUACAAGUUUGGCUACGAGAUCAACGCCGACGUCCUGUGUCGACGCAUGGCUGACAUCUGCCAGGUGUACACGCAGAACGCCGAGAUGAGGCCCCUGGGAUGCUGCAUGAUGCUGGUGUCCAUGGACCCCCAGGAGGGCCCGGUGCUGUACAAGGUGGACCCGGCGGGCUACUACUGUGGUUUCAGGGGCAUCGCGGUGGGGCCCAAGCACGUGGAGGCCAACGGCUACCUGGAGAAGAAGCUGAAGAAGAAGCCCCAGCUGAGCCAAGACAGAACCAUUCAGCUGUGUAUCUCCUGCCUGUCCUCUGUCCUCUCCACUGACUUCAAGGCCACUGACUUGGAGGUGGGCCUGGUCAGCAAAGAACACAUUAAGUUCAGGACCCUGUCUGAGUCUGAGAUCGAGACUCACCUGGUGGCCAUAGCGGAGCGGGAGUAGACCGCAGCACAGCAGGACCUCUGGGACGUCACUCUAGCUAUAGGUCGUUUCAUAUCGUGUGGUCCAUCUAGACCCCCUCACAGUUUCCUUCAUGCCUUCAUCCCAGGGGGACCUUCAACCAUACAUACAUCAUUGCUGAAUAAAGUUUGUAACGAAAUAUCUGCGAUCUGUGGGGAUUUUGUUUGAUUUCCAUUUUCUUAUUGGAUAAAUAAAACAAGUUAUCUUUUAGUAACGAGCCAACUGGGAUCAUAGAAUAUUUAAUUAUCAUUGCGAAUCAAUGAAAGCAUCGUGCAUUUUGUAUAAUGUCUGAAUCAUGAUGUCUAAUUAUUAUUAAUUAUUACUAAUUAUUUAGAUGGACCGGAGCUGAAACGAUGAGUGACAAAUAGGGUAGAUUUCCUGUUGAUCUUGGCUGCAAGCUUCUUUAAGAUAUCCCUUUUGUCUUUGUGAACUGUCUGAAAUGGAGGGCAUCAAACUUGCAUUUCCGUGUUAUUCGUUUUUCUCUGUCACUUUGGUACAUUUCUCAGAUCAGAAUUUAAAUUUGCAAAACAGUAAGUGCAUUUCUCAAAACUAUUCGUACAAAUAGCAAAACACCAUGGAUUUCAUGCCAGUCUCUUGCUCAAAAUCCUUAGUUUGUUUCUCAAAAGUAAAUAUCUGUGUCAGUGAACAGUCAGUGCCAUCACAAUGACAAGUCCUUGUGUCAUUGUGUACGGAUAAGACAGUCAAAUUGAUUAGUCAUGUUGUCAAUAUAACAGUGUACUCUGGAGGAAUGUUCUGAUGUAAACUAUGGCUAAAGUUUUGAAGACAAUUAUUGUAAAUUACACCUUAGUGUAUGUGGGAGAUUGAUUGCAAGAGACUGGACAAGAUUCACAUUUUUCGCUUUGACUGUUUGUACUGUAAUUUGUUGACAGACCAUGUCAUUGCUAGAAAUGUGAACAUAGGAAAAUCUCCUUAGGGUAAACUGUGCAUGCAUUGCUGUAGAAAUUACAGUGCAGUCUUCGUACACCUCCUGACGUUCCUGUCUGUUGGGCCACAAAUUCUCAGCCAGCCUCACUCCUCUUCCUCAACUUCUUCUCUCUGGCUGUUGACCCUGUCCAAUUCCUUGUCCUUCCAUUGUCAGACAAUGUAACGUUGUGUUGUGCUCCAGCUAUAAAUAUACUUGCCAGUAAAUUGGUUCAGGAGUUCCACCAAAGUCAAGAUUCACCUGGUAGCAAUAUACCAAUUCAGGACAGAUUUAGAAAAAAAGUCUAAUGGAAAUGUAUAGAAAUAUGCCUGACAUAUUAUGACAACUUGUUAAACCAUUUUGCAUGUAAAGACUUAUGCAAUAAACUAAUACCUAAAUGUUGUGGGGGUGAGACCAUUCAAUAGAG